AUGGGAGGAAGGAAUCGCAGAACGGUGCCAUCUCUUAGCAGCCAUGAGCUGCUGCAUUGGCUGCGCCUUGCUCUGUCUCCUCUCUUUGCCCAUGAAGUUGGAGCCCAUCAGUCAGUCUGGGGAGCAAAUGCCUCCAAGGCAAUUGAGUUCCUGCAAGAUGUGAAAGACCAAAAAGAGGAAGAAUGCCUUGUGUCCCCAGAGGUUGAGGGGACCUUCCUUAGCGCUACCACGCCCUUUGUGUCAUCCUCCCCUCUCGUGUCUCCUGGCUCCCGUUACCCGUUCGGCCGCGCUGGCGGCACCCCCUCUCCUGGGGAGGGGGCUGCAGGGCGAGCCCCCCAGGCCAGGGCCGGCUCCCCGCCCGUUCCUACCCCCCACACGGCCGAGCGGCGCCGGCCGCCGCCAACGCGGGGCGCGGCGAGGCGCGGGGCGGGCCGGGGGCGGGCGCCGCCAUUUCGGGCCGCACCUCAGCGGCCGCCCGGCGGGGCCGGGGCGCGAUGCGCGCUGUGGACGCGGGGGCCCCCGCCGGCUCUCCCCGCCCCCGGGGCGGAGCGCAGCGGAGCCCGGCCCGGCACCGCCUCUGCUCCGGCGGCCGCGGCGAGCUCGGGCUGCGGCGGCGCCGGCGAUGGCGGCGCGGCAGAAGCGCGGGGGGCCGCGCGGCCUCUAAGUAGGGCAGCGCGGGGCGGGGGGGGCGGCGGCAGCGGCGGGGCCGUCACGGCGGCAGCGGCGGCUGCGCCAUGUGGGCCGGGCGCGGGGGGCCGGCCGGGAGACGGCGCCGGGGGCGGUGCGCCCUGCUGCCCGCCGCGGGGCCCGGGGCGCCGGGGCGCUGAGCAACAGUUGGCCCCGCUGCCGCCGCCCAGCAUGAAAGUGUGCCGGCGGAAGGCGCUGGCGCUGUGCCUGGGCUACGCGCUCCUGCUGCUCCUCGCCGCCCUCAACCUGCUGGAGUACAAGUGGCGGCGGGAGCCGCGGCGCUGCGGUGAGCCCCCGGCAGCCCCCCGGCACCGGCCCCCGCCGCCGCCCCCGGCGCCGUCGGUGGGGAGCCGCGGUCCGCAGGGCGCCCGGCGGCAGCUGGUCUACGUGUUCACCACCUGGCGCUCGGGGUCGUCCUUCUUCGGGGAGCUCUUCAACCAGAACCCCGAGGUCUUCUUCCUCUACGAGCCCGUGUGGCACGUCUGGCAGAAGCUGUACCCCGGGGACGCCGUCUCGCUGCAAGGGGCGGCCCGCGACAUGCUGAGCUCCCUGUACCGCUGCGACCUCUCCGUCUUCCAGCUCUACAGCACGGCGGGCGCCGGGAAGAACCUCACCACGCUGGGCAUCUUCGGGGCGGCUACCAACAAGGUCAUCUGCUCCUCACCCCUCUGCCCGGCCUACCGCAAGGAGGUGGUGGGCAUGGUGGACGACCGGGUGUGCAAGAAGUGCCCCCCGCAGCGCCUCAGCCGCUUCCAGGAGGAGUGCCACAAGUACCGCACGCUGGUCAUCAAGGGUGUCCGCGUCUUCGACCUGGCUGUCCUCGCCCCGCUUAUGCGGGACCCGACCCUGGACCUCAAAGUCAUCCACCUGGUGCGGGACCCGCGGGCGGUUGCCAGCUCCCGCAUCAAAUCCCGGCACGGCCUCAUCCGGGAGAGCCUGCAGGUGGUGAGGAGUCGGGACCCCCGCAUCCAUCGCAUGCCCUUCCUCGACGCCGGCCACAAGCUGGGUGGAAAGAAGGAGGGGGGGGGCGGCUCAGACUACCACGCCCUGGGCGCCAUGGAGGUCAUCUGCAGCAGCAUGGCCAAGACCCUGCAGACUGCCCUGCACCCCCCUGACUGGCUCCAGGGCAAUUACAUGGCCGUGCGCUACGAGGACCUGGUGGUUGAGCCCAUCAAGACUCUGCGGCAGGUGUACGGCUUCGUUAACCUGGCGGUCAGCCCAGAGAUGGAGAAGUUCACCCUCAACAUGACCAGUGGUCCUGGCUACUCAUCCAAGCCCUUCGUGGUGUCGGCCAGGAACGCCACCCAGGCGCUGAGCGCCUGGAGGACUGCACUCAGCUACCAACAGAUCAAGCAAGUCGAGGAGUACUGCCACCAGCCCAUGGCCCUGCUGGGCUACGAGAGGGUCGGCAGCCCUGAAGAAGUGAAGGACCUCAGCAGAACGUUGCUCAGGAAGCCGCGGCUGUGACCGGGCAGUGCCAGACACCCUCGGGGACGGCUGAGCCCCUCCAGGGAGAGGAGCCGGUCCUGCGGGCUUGAGGGAGGGAGGGAGCUGGGAAAAGCAGCCAGGCUCCCGAUUUCCUUCAAAGACUGAUGAAGGGUAACAUGCAGUAAUGUGAUGAUUUCUUUUUUGUUCGUUUGAUUGUGUUUUGUUUUUCUUCACUUGCAUUGGGUUAGACGAGAUUAAAAAAAAAUAAAGUGGAACUGAAAAUAUGUGGAAAGUCCCUUUCCCCUUCCCUAAAAUACCAGGCGAGCUUCUGUACCAAAAUCUUGUUUAUGGAGUUCUGGUGGGUUUGAAGAUGGUUACAAAAACUCCUGCACAAUUCCUAAUACUUGUAUAUCUCCCUUGGUGCAGAGGGGAUGCCCUUGGAAAGCAUAAUGCUGAAAAUACACUUUUGUAUGAAAGUAAAUGUUCAGACAUGAUAGUAAUAAAAAAACAAUAAAUGAUA